AUGACUCAGCCAGGUGCCGAGCCUGUCGAGGAUGUCGAUGAUUACGACUAUGAAUCCCUGCCACCUAACUUCUCCCUUGUCCAGAACAUGGCGGCAGGAGCGUUUGCUGGUAUUGCCCCUCUGGAUACUGACCAGGAGCCACAGGAACACACAGUCAUGUACCCAAUUGAUGCGAUCAAGACUAAUCGUUUUGUCCCCCUUCUCCAGACACGCAUGCAGGUUAUAAGCCCCAGCGGUGGCCCCGCCUAUACCAGCCUGAUACAGAGCACUUACCGCAUGGCCGUUGGCGAAGGUAUCUCGAGCCUAUGGCGGGGCAUGUCCAGCGUAGUCGUCGGGGCCGGCCCAGCUCAUGCCGUUUACUUUGCGACGUACGAGGCUGUCAAGCAUGUCAUGGGUGGCAAUAAAGUCGGCACACACCACCCUCUAGCUGCCGCAACGAGCGGAGCGUGUGCUACUAUUGCCAGCGAUGCCCUGAUGAACCCAUUCGACGUCAUCAAACAGCGUAUGCAAAUAGAGGGGUCGGGCAAAAUGUAUCGCUCAAUGCUGGACUGUGCAAAAUACGUCUAUCGGAACGAGGGUAUUGCCGCCUUUUACGUCUCUUACCCCACAACACUCUCCAUGACCGUUCCGUUUACCGCGCUCCAAUUUCUUGCCUACGAGUCUAUCUCCACCGCUAUGAACCCUAGCAAGAAGUACGACCCUGUGACGCACUGCUUUGCAGGCGCUAUUGCCGGCGGGGUUGCAGCCGGCCUCACGACACCGAUGGACGUAAUCAAGACUAUGCUGCAGACCCGCGGUAGCGCCGGUGACCCCGAGCUACGCAGCGUAAACAGCUUUAUGGCCGGUUGCCGACUUCUCCACGCGCGGGAGGGACUCCGUGGGUUUUUUAAAGGUGUUCGACCCAGGGUUGUGACCACAAUGCCGAGCACCGCCAUCUGCUGGUCUGCGUACGAAGCUUCCAAUUCGGGGCAGUAA